AUGAAUACUGACGAAACAAGUAAAUCAUUUAUGGUUACAACAAGUCCAUCAUCUGAAAUAAAACAUAUGAAUAUCGAAGAUUUAAAAACAAGUUUUAUGGGUAAAACAUCAGAAUAUAUAAAUACUAUGUUAAAUACUGUGCUUGAUGAUCCCGUAUUACUUCGUGUAGCUAUCAGACGCUGUCGCCUUGAUUGUGCAGAAGCUGAACGUCGUAUAAAUAAAUUAAAAGACGAUAAUAAGGAAUAUGUUCCUAAAAAUGAAUAUCUUGCUCUUCAACAAACAUAUGAUGAACUAGUUAAAGCAUCAGAACAAUUGAAACAAAAUUUUCGUAAUGCUAAAGUUGAAUAUAAGUAUGCAUUUAGUUACGAAAAAAAAGCAAUAACAAUAAUUUUAUUUUGUUUAAAUAAUAGUGCAUUGAAAGAAGCACUUGAAUAUUUAAUAAAAGAUCGAGAUAAAUAUUUUACAUUAUGUGAAACUUAUCGUGCUACUUUAACUCCAAGACCAAAAUGGGAACGAUGUGCAUCAAUAAUUGAAGGUGGAAUAGAACGUUGGAAUGAAUUAUCUAUUGGAAAAACAAGUAAUGAACUUGUAGAUAUUUUACUUAAUGAAAUUAUUGGUGGCAAUGAUAUUUAUAAUAAUGUUGUAAAUUUUAUUGGUCUUGGUCUUGAUCCAACAGUACCAAAAUUUCUUCAAACAACGUCGAAUAUUCGUAAUCGACAUUUUAUGCAAAGAGAUGUUUCACUUUUAAUUGAAGAUAUAUGGAAACAAAAGAUAGAAUAUGAUUCUGAAGAAGAUUCUACAACAACUUCAAAACAAAAUAUUAAAAUAUCUCUUGUUGAUUUUGUACAUGUUUAUUUAAAGCAACGUUUUCCUGAUGAUGAACUAUUACAAUUAGAAUGGGGAUAUAAUCUAGUAGCAGGUUGUCGGCGAUUUAAAUCAUCUCCUGAUAUAAGCGAUUUUUGGAGUGUACUUUUAGGACAAACUGAUGAAGAAGUUUAUUAUCAAAAACGUAUCUCUUUGAAUAAUGAAAAACAAAAUUCUUAA